CAAAACUGCCAACCAAUAGAUGCAAUAACAGAAUAUAAAAAACUACGAGAGCGAAGUGGGCAACUCCAAUAGACCACAUUACUUAUGUAUCAGAUAUUUCCGCUUGGCUAAGCUGUAUUUCUAUUAUUUCUUUAAACUAUUCUUUCCUUGUUGACUCAUAGCCUCCAUGAGAUCCCAUUAAGAGAAAGUUUUGUUUAUUUGUACUUUUUUUCUCUUUUAUUUUAAUCGGAGUUGACAUUUGGAAUUUAUGAGAUUGCUAAUGGGAAUGGGAAAGAUUGCUGGGUUGCCGCUUUCAGACAACCUACUUGAUUAGUUUCCAAGAACUGAGGGAAAGAAGAAGCAGAAGAAGAAGAAGAAGAAGAUAUUGAUUUCUCUCCUUCUUCAUAUUGGUUGGAAGAUUGGCAAAUACCAAACUCUUAACUUUCUCUGUAAUUAUUAUUCUUAUUAUUUUUUUCUGUUUGCUGGAUGAAGAUGGUGUCUAGUGGUGAAAAACUGGUACUCCCAUCUCAUCUGCCCCAAAAUGGAAACGGUUCUUUGGACUCAGGCCAUGCCCGUCUUCAUGAGCUUGGUUACAAGCAGGAGCUCAAACGUGAUAUGUCGGUCAUUUCGAAUUUUGCCAUUUCGUUUUCAAUCAUAUCAGUGCUUACUGGUGUAACCACCCUUUAUAACAAUGGUCUAAGAUUUGGUGGUCCGGUUUCUAUUGUUUAUGGGUGGUUUAUAGCUGGUUCUUUCACCAUGAUAGUUGGGUUAUCCAUGGCUGAGAUUUGCUCAUCUUACCCAACUUCUGGUGGUCUCUACUAUUGGAGUGCCAAACUUGCCGGCCCAAAAUGGGCACCUUUUGCUUCAUGGUUGACUGGCUGGUUCAACAUUGUUGGUCAGUGGGCAGUCACAACAAGUAUAGAUUUCUCACUUGCGCAGCUGAUUGAAGUAAUCAUUCUCCUUAGCACAGGUGGAAAAAAUGGCGGUGGAUAUGAGGCCUCUAAGUAUACAAUUAUUGGUUUCCAUGGGGGAAUUUUGCUUUUACAUGCUAUCAUUAACAGUCUUCCUAUCUCAUUGUUAUCUUUCUUUGGACAGUUGGCUGCUGCAUGGAAUAUUGUUGGUGUUUUCGUACUCAUGAUUCUAAUUCCUUUGGUUGCAACUGAGAGAGCUAGUGCCAAGUUUGUUUUUACUCACUUCAACACUGAUAAUGGGGAAGGUAUCAGCAGCACAGUUUACAUUUUCGUUUUGGGGCUUUUAAUGAGUCAGUAUACCCUAACUGGGUAUGAUGCAUCUGCUCACAUGACAGAGGAAACCAAAAACGCUGAUCAAAAUGGCCCAAGAGGAAUAAUUAGUGCCAUUGGGAUAUCUAUUAUUGUUGGAUUCGGUUACAUACUUGGUAUCACCUUUGCUGUUACCAACAUCCCAUUCCUUCUGGAUGAAAAUAAUGAUGCUGGUGGCUAUGCCAUUGCUGAAAUAUUUUAUCUAGCAUUCAAGAAUAGAUAUGGCAGUGGAGUUGGGGGAAUUAUAUGCUUAGGAAUAGUUGGUGUUGCCAUAUUUUUCUGUGGUAUGAGUUCAGUUACUAGCAACUCCAGGAUGGCUUAUGCAUUCUCUAGAGAUGGUGCCAUGCCAUUUUCAUCGCUUUGGCAUAAAGUGAACAAGCAGGAAGUUCCCAUUAAUGCAGUUUGGCUGUCUGCUUUCAUAUCAUUUUGCAUGGCACUGACGUCUCUUGGAAGCAUAGUGGCAUUUAAUGCAAUGGUGUCUAUAGCUACAAUUGGACUGUACAUUGCUUAUGCCUUACCCAUCUUCUUCAGAGUGACUUUGGCACGCAAGUCAUUUGUCCCAGGACCCUUCAACUUGGGCCGCUAUGGAAUCCUUGUUGGUUGGGUUGCAGUUAUUUGGGUCGCAACAAUCUCAGUUCUCUUCUCACUGCCAGUUGCCUACCCAAUUACCAUUGAGACACUCAAUUAUACUCCUGUUGCAGUUGGUGGUUUGUUCAUUCUUACUGUUUCUUCUUGGAUCUUGAGAGCUCGGCACUGGUUUAGAGGUCCUAUUACCAACAUUGAUGCAUAAAAUUCUGUAUACAUUAAAAAAUUUCAUUCCUAAAAACAGCAGUAAAAUAUGGGGGAAAAAAAAAAUUUCCAUUUGUCUUCAAUCUCGAGAGUUCAGCUGGUUUAGAGGUUCUAUGAUCAGCAUUAAUACAUGAAGUUAUGUAUGUAUACAAUAUUUUCAUUGUUAGAAGCAUUAAUAUAAUAUAUAAUUUUAUUU